AUGAUUAUGCUAUGGCGGCUGCGCGCUUGCGACGAUCCAGACAGGUCUACGCCGCCGUUGCAAGUCUGCCGACCUUUAUUGCUUAAUAAUUUUAAUGACAGCACGCAUUCUCUUGGACCGCCUUUGCCGCCGAAUUUCAUAGCAGGUCCAUCUUGCAUACCGAUCAGCGGUGGAAGCUGUAGCCGCAGUAGCGGCUGCAUUAUUGGUGGUGAUGGUAGUGGAAGCGGCUGCGGCGCUGGCGCCCGGCGGCUGCACGCCGGCAGCAUCCUUCUCACCCCAACAGCGGCAAUUUUCAUGCCGCUGUGCCAGCAGCAGCAACGCCAGCAACAGCAACAGCAGCAAGAACUGUCCAUAUGUGCGCCCCCGGCCCACGCCUGUGACAAGGCUCUCGCUAUUGAACCCUUACCCUGCCAGGCGAUGGGAUGCGGAGUUAGGCCCUCGGAGAUUUGUGGCGGCGCUGAAGUCCAGCAGAUGGCUGCGGAUAUGGCCACAGAGGCCGGUGGGGGGGAGGUUGGCAACGGCCCUGGCGGCGGGGGCAGUGGCUAUAUUGAGGGUAGGGGCGAUGGCAGGUCCGACGGCCAGCGAAAUAUGGUAGCGGCGGCAGCGGCAGUGGCAACAACUUUGCCCUCGGCUGCGUCGCCAGCGGCCGCAGAGGAACUGCAUGUGAUGGCGCGCCGCGGUUUCCGAAUCCACACUUCGCCGGGGAUGAUCGAACUAGCACUCUUACAGCAGCACGAGGAGGAGGAGGAGGAGGGGGCGGGCGUGUGGAGGCAGCGAUCCGGCAUCAGCAGUAGCAGCUACUUCGCUAUCGGCAACAGCAGCAACACCAACAUCACCAAUAACAAUAACAAUGAUGAUCAUGAUGAAUACCAGGACCCUCGGAUCAUCACUCUUGUGUCUACAUCAGGAGCAGCCGCCGUGCCCGGCAGCGGUCCAAGCAACUUGUACGGCGGCCCUGGCGGUAUUCACCAUCAUCAGGCCGCCCCGAAACCAACAGCUGUCGCAGAGUCCAUAGAUGCACAGGCUGUUACAGAUUGCUGGCCUUCCGAACAUUCGCAACAACAUGUGCAGGAUCACCGAUGGCCACCGCCAGCAGCAGCAGCAGCAGGCGACGCCGUCUACGGCAUUCCCAAUGCACCUGGAGCCUUGUGGGCUUCAUCCGUUGCGGCUGAACCUCCUGUAGCUGCUGAGCCGCUACCGCCGCUACCGCCGCCGCAGCAGCAGAAGGAGCAGCAGCAGCGACGUCAGCAAACCACGUCUGAUGACCGUGUAGAGCAAGCAACCGAAGCUGCUGGCCAGAUCCCUCCUUUGGUGCCGGUUUACGGAAGUCACAACAGUGGCGGUAACAGCGGUACUUGGCCGCGUACUGUCAGCAUCAUCAAAAGCAGCAAAAGUGGCGGCGUUGGUGGGGUUGGGGUUGGCAUGAGCAGCGUUACAAGUGGCAGCUGCAGCGCCAGCGCCAGUCGCAGUGGCAGCUUAGCCAACCGGGGUACCAGCUGCGGCGGCGGCAGCGGCACCAGCAGCCUGAGGGGAGCAGAGGGAACGGCCGGCGAUGGCGCAUACCUUGGCGACGCUGCUCGUUACGGUGGUAAUGGUGACGAAGCUGCCGGGCACGUCCACCGCACAGCUUGGCCUGCUGCAGAUAUGGCCAUUGCUGGUGUCUAUGCAGGCAAAUAUGCAACAAUGAGUAAUAACUGCAAUGCGGGCAAUGGUGGUGGUGUCGAUGGCGGCGCGGACAGGCCAUCCGGCCUUCCACUUGGCGCUGCGUGCUUUUGGAAAUAA